AUGGCAAAAAUAGUUCAGGGUGCUGACAAGAAGGUGGUUGAUCUGAAUCCAAUUAUUGAGAAAGAAGAGGUGCACUCUGAUGUGCCUAUCAUUGAUGAUGAGGUCCAUGGUAAAGAAAAAGUUCUUGAUACUUCAAAGGUUGCUGCUAAUACAAGCAAACACACUCUAAAAGGGGAUCUUCACGCUUUGACUCAGAUGUACAAAGAAAAGCCUCCCUUUCCUCAAAGGUUGGCAAUGAAAAAUGAUGAUGCUAAGUGCCAGAAGUUCUAUGAUCAGUUAAAGCAGUUAACGGUGAACUUUCCAUUCCUUGAUGUUGUCAAAGAGAUGCCCGAAUUUGCUAAGUUUAUGAAAGACCCGCUUACGAAGAAAAGGUCUGUUCAACAUGAGACGAUGAAUUUAACUCAUCGUGUGAGUUCGAUUAUUGCUUCUACCACAGUUCAGAAGAAGGAAGAUCUAGGGGCGUUUACCAUUCCGUGUAAUAUUGGGCUUCAUGCAUUCACCCGUUCCCUGUGUGAAAAUAGGACAAGUAUCAACUUAAUGCCCCUUGCUAUUUUCAAACAAUCUGAAUUGGGGAUGCCUAGACCUACUUCUAUGCGAUUACAGAUGGCGGACAGAUCUAUCAAGAAUCCAGUUAGGGUUAUAGAUGAUGUGUUGGCGCAAGUGGGUAAGUUCAUGCUGCCUGCUGAUUUCAUGAUUCUGGAUUGUGCGAUUGAUAGAGAUAUUCCCAUCAUCUUGGGAAGACCAUUCCUUGCUACGGGCAGAGCGCUUAUGGACUCUGAAAAGAAUGAAAUUAAGUUUCGAGUGAAUGAUGAAGAAGUGACUUUCCAAGCAAGCAAAGGGAUGAAGUUGCCAAGUACUUAUGAGAGUAUCUCAGUUAUUGAUUCGUUUGAUGGGAUUGAUGAUGCUGUCGAACAUAAAAUGGAAGAAGAAAGUCUGGGAGAAGCUCUUACUGCUAUUCUGAUGAACUUUGAUGCUGCUGAUAUGGAAGGCUACAUGGAAAUUAUAAAUGCGCUUGAGGGUCUAGGUUUUUACACUUACCACCCAAGAAAGCUCGAUCUUGACCUUGCAAAUAGAACUACUCCACUAGCUAAUCCUUCUAUUGUUGAGCCACCAAAGCUUGAGCUUAAGCAGCUCCCAUCAUACUUGAGGUAUAAGUUCCUUGAUCCGAAUAAGAAAUUGCCAGUGAUCGUUUCAAAGACUACUGACUGA